GAAGUAGAAGCUCUUCGUCAGUCACCUCACAAACAGUUGGGAGGAGGAGCACGAUCGAGAGCCCUCCGGCGAGACGACCUCCCUCUCCGUCCUUUAGCGCGCGACCGACCAGUGCGCGUGAGAUCAGCGGCCCGGGCGAUCCAAGAUGUCUUGGCAGACGUACGUGGACGAGCACCUGAUGUGCGAGAUCGAGGGCCACCACCUCACGUCGGCGGCCAUCGCCGGCCACGACGGCGCCGUCUGGGCUCAGAGCGCCACAUUCCCCGAGUUCAAGCCCGAGGACAUGACCAACAUCAUGAAGGAUUUCGAUGAGCCGGGGCACCUCGCGCCGACAGGCCUGUUUCUUGGAGCCACGAAGUACAUGGUCAUCCAAGGUGAACCCGGCGCUGUCAUUCGUGGCAAGAAGGGAUCAGGAGGCAUCACUGUGAAGAAGACAGGGCAGGCACUCAUCAUUGGCAUCUACGACGAGCCGAUGACUCCCGGGCAGUGCAACAUGGUGGUGGAAAGGCUGGGCGACUACCUGGUUGAACAGGGCAUGUAGCCUUCCUGGAUGUCGAUAUAUGGCUUGGCUCAGUUCAGAUUUCUUUCAAUAACAAAGCCAACAAGACCUUUGCAUGUUUCCCUGUUUGCUUGCAUUGGCUCUUCUUCUCCACCGCCACAAGAUGAAGAUAGUAGCUGCUCCGCUGGAAGUUUUCAGUUCUGGCUCACUCGCUGUAGUUUACAUUCUUGGGUUGCUUCGAUCAUUUGGCUGUAGCGUGAAUCGCAUGGAGGAAUGCCCUAAUCACUAAGCAAGUACUCAUAUAUAUAUAUAUAUAUAUAUUUUUUUCUGCAGAUA